GUGUUCCAUGUUUGGGAUUGUUGUGAUGGGAGGCCGCAGCCAUCUUGGAUCAGCGCCGCUCCACACCGAGCAGCAGCAGCAGCAGCAGCGCGAGCAGGAGCAGGAGGAGGAGGAGGACGUCAACGGCUAACGUUAGCCGCUCGAGCCAGAUUAACCACAAUCUGUGUCGCUGCGCGCGGUGCUACUAUGCUACACGGACGUUAUUUUUCGUCGUUAACGGUCACUUUGAGUGUGUACAAACAUGUUUGUUUUGUGUUAUUAAGCGUGUAACGUUUUAAAAAAAAAACCCGGAGAGGGCGGCGACGGUAGCGGUAGCGGUGGCGGCGGCGGUGUUGCAGAUCCUCGGUAUAUUUGUUAACAUUUCUGAAUAGAGGAGUUACUAUGAAUGGAGGAUAAAUGUUGCCAAAGGCUGACAGCAGCAGUUUCGUCCUCUUCUCUCUUCUCUUCGUCCUCACGGUAACGGACCCACCACGGACAGGUCCACGGCUAGCUCUGGCAAGAUUAUUGUCAGAGCAACGCUGCAGCCCCGGGCAGUUUGCCUGCCGCAGUGGGAAGAUGCAGUGUAUCCCAAUGUCCUGGCAGUGUGACGGCUGGACGGCAUGCGAGGACAAGAGCGACGAGAUGGACUGUCCCCCUAUAAAGGAGGAGAGGUUUCGUUUCGGUAACGGGUAUGACCAGGUAGAAGACGUCAUCGGUGUGGCUCAGCCUGUGCGCUUCAACAAGAAAUGCCCCAGCGGGUGGCAUCACUAUGAGAAGACGGCCAGCUGUUACAAAGUGUACCCGAGGAACGAAAACUACUGGCAGGCCGUGGACACUUGUCAGAAAGUCAACGGCUCGCUGGCGACUUUCGUGACCAACGAGGAGCUGCAGUUCAUCCUGAAGAUCGAGGUGGAUUUUGACGACAAGUUCUGCGAGCGCAGAGACCAGUGCAAGUUUUGGGUGGGCUACCAGUAUGUGUUCACCAAUCAGAACCACUCCCUGGAGGGCCACUGGGAGGUAGCAUAUAAAGGUUCGAUGCAGGUGUUUCUGCCACCUGAGGGUCUGACCAAUUUUGGGGAGGCCUCUCCCACCCAGGACAACAUCCUCUGCGCCCUGCUGCAGCGUUUUCAGAUCAAAAGCAUGAACGAGCGAGGCCUGCACAGCUGGCACGCCGAGAACUGCUACAAGAAGUUCCCCUUUCUCUGCAAGAGGAGACAAACGUGCGUGGAUAUAAAAGACAAUGUUGUAAACGAGGGCUACUACUUCACCCCUAAGGGGGACGAUCCGUGUCUGAGCUGCACGUGUCACGACGGCGAGCCUGAGAUGUGCGUCGCCGCGCUGUGCGAGCGUCCGCAGGGUUGCCAGCACUUCCGAAAGGAUCCCAAAGAGUGCUGCAAGUUCACCUGCUUGGACCCAGAUGGAAACAGUCUGUUUGACUCGAUGGCCAGCGGGAUGAGACUGAUCGUCAGCUGCAUCUCGUCCUUCCUCAUCCUCUCCCUGCUGCUCUUCAUGGUGCACAGACUCCGGCAGCGGAGACGUGAACGCAUCGAAACUCUGAUCGGAGGAAACUUGCAUCACUUUAACCUUGGAAGACGAGUCCCGGGCUUCGACUACGGGCCAGACGCUUUUGGCACCGGCCUCACUCCUCUGCAUCUUUCUGAUGAUGGCGAGGGAGGCGCUUUCCAUUUCCAAGAGCCUCCUCCUCCGUACGCAGCCUACAAAUACCCCGACAUCCAGCACCCUGACGACCCCCCUCCUCCAUAUGAAGCCUCCAUCAACCCAGACAGUCUCCUCUACGUGGACCUCGGACACCGCGGGGUUUCCAUGGUGCCAAGCCAGAUGAACGCGAUGGGAGACGGGCUGCAGGCCGAUAUUGCCAAUCCCUCUGUUCCCGUGCCAGCCUCGGUGCCAUCCACUCAGGAGAGGGAGGACUCCAUAGAUAGCAGCACCCUCCUGGUGGGGCCCGACACCCCGACAGAUGGCCACGCCCCCGCCAUGCCCGCAGACUGCGCCUCCUCCCUCAGCACCGUUGUAUAGGACCGUGGAGGGACGGCAGGGAGCUGCAUCCGGACAUUACCUGCUGGCUUGAGGAAGGUCGUGAGUGCGUCGUUCACCGAGGAGGGAGGACGCAGCAGACGUAGUAGAAGUUUGUACAGACGUAUCAGACGCAGCCUGUUUCUUUGAGGAGUUUCUGAAGACUCUCCUGCAGCUGGAGUGUUUGUUUUGUUAUUUUUAAGACACUGGCACCCGAGCGGGAGCAGAGAGGACUGUUUCUGUACAUACAGAGUAAGAAAUAACACUACACUGAGGCUGCACUACCGUCUGAUUCGAGUGUCUCAGAGUUGUGGCCUGAUUGGCUUGAGAAGCCCUGAUGUAAAUACCCCCCCUCAGGUCCGCGCCGGUCAAAUUUGUUAUACCUGUGUGCGUCACAGCCGAGCACAAGGCGAAGAGUGACAGACGGACAACAAAGCCAGUUAUUGUCGCUUGUGCAGUUUUUGUUUUUUGCGCCAUACUGUCGUUCAAAACCGACGCGAUCUGAUCUGUCGGCCUCCAGGCUACAAUAACGUUCUCAUCAGCCUCCGUCUGUCGCGGCAUGCCCCCGGAUCUCGAUUUCUGUCCUCUCAGUUUCUUAUUAGUCUGAUACAUGAAGCUGUCUUCCAGGUUUCUAAGUGCAUAUUUGCAGCAAACGUUUUGUAAUUAAGAAGGUACGGUUAGUUGUCCUGCUCUAGGGUUUUUAUUAGGUAAUGCAGACACAAGGCAAUUAUGUAUGGAGGAAUGUCGUGGUACUGAUGAUAAUUAUCUGGGUUUGUGUUCUUUUUGAUGCUAAUUUAUGACUGGCAGACUGUAAUCUUUGAUUGUUUGAACUCCCCCCUCCCACACUGAUCAGCGAGCGAAAGUGACGAAGCUUUUCAAGUGCAUGUGUAAAGAUUAAGGCGACGAUGUCCCGUCAUCGAAUUUGAGGAAAUCAAUUUAUUAAAAACAAAACAAAACAGACUGUUCCAAUCGUGAAGUCGUUUAAUCACGCAGACGGCCACCCUCUUCUUCUUUUUGUUGUUACUUUAUCAUCGGCUCUUCGCGGGAUAGUUGUGUAUUUUGCUAACUGAACCAUGAUUAGUGACUCAAAGCUUAAAUGUUUUGCACGUUAAUCUCUCGAUUUAAAUCAGUUUUUGUUUAUUUUCUGGAAAGAAAUCUGUCACAUUUGGAUGCUGCCCCUCCAUUCCUGAUGUGUUUUUUGUAUGUGUGAUUCUUCACGCGAUACAUCUGUUCUCUCAGCUAUAGAGGUCGUUUUCAGCUACUGAUGAUUUUCUGUUUGUUUUGUUUUUUUUGGUGUUGAUGGGUCUCUUACUGUUCUGUUUUUCACAGUGGGAUUGCAGUUAAAAGCAACAAAAAAAAAAUUGUAAUAAAAGAAAAGUGUAAACUUGUUUAGACCCCUGUUAUGACAAUCGUUUAUUCGAUUAUUACGAACGCCUGAUGAAGAAGACGUUUAAGAUCAGUCGACCCGCAACCAGCAGCAUUCAAACCGCUUUUUGAUCUGCCUCAAGAAAACCAGCUGUUAACGUGUGUCUGAAUGAGCACGUCGUGUUUGAAUGUACUGUACGUGUAAAGCUUUGUUUGUUUGUCCGUGCUGACGUUUUAGAACCAGGUCCACGAACAAAGACCACGCCAAAUAUCUGUUCACCACCUCUUUGACUUUCACAUCCUCCUCCCCAAAACUUUCUUCUCCUUCUUCUUCUCCUCUCCACUUCUCUAUCUUUAUUCUCUUUCAUUCAAACACAGGAAACACGGGGGCUUUAAUGCACAGAGUGAUGAAGACACGCUUCAUCCGCUCAAAGUCUUAACUCAGUCCGGUUCCCUCCUGUCUCCCUGCCACCAGCCGACACUGGUCAAUCUUCGAACUCCUUAAUCCGUCUACCCUCGUCCCUUCAUCCUUCAUCCCUUCAUUCUCAUAACCUCAUCCCUCUGCUUCUCUUCCCUUCAUCCCUCGACCCUUGUUUCUUCAUCCUUUCGUCCCUUGACCUUCUUGCUCUACCCUCGUCCUUCCUCUCAUCUUGGCUCACCUUCAUCCACAGUAUGAAAUAAACAUCCACAUUGGCGUGGUCUUUGUUGGGGAACCUUUUUUUAAAAAUUUGUUUUAUUUUUUGUUAUUUUUUUUGGCAUCGACAAUCCACAGCGGAUUAUCCAACAAACAAAAUCUCAUAAAUGUGGAAAAAGUAACGUACGUGUGUGUGUAAGAGUUCUGUUUGUUUCUUUUUCAGUUUGUUUGUUUGGUUUUUAUUUUUCGACCUGCUUUUUGGACCUGUGGUGCAUGUUUUUUUUUGUUUUUUGUUUUUUAAAUCUUUUGGCAUGUUGAGAGAUUUAUUUUCUGUUGAUGGAAACAUUUUUAGCUCAACAGUCUACUCUGUACAGUAAGACUUCUGCGUACAGUUUAAUAUCUGUAUGCAUCAACAACAACAAAAAAAACCUGCCAAUGACCCCAGAACAGCUGCAUUUACACUGUAGUUUCUGUGCUAUGGUGGUGUGACGACUAAUUUUACUGGUUUUGAAAUGUUUUAUGUAUAAUACAACAGAUGCUUCAUUUCAUUGUUUGUUUCAUAGCCUUUAAAUUUAAAAGAAAAAUGCUUCAUUUGCAGGGCGGGGCUUGUGUUUUUUCUGAGGUAGAUGUACAUCUAAUCAAAUGCCAAAUAAAUUGCACCAUGAA